GCGGGAUUGGUCUAAACUGCAGGGACAGUUUCAGUCCUUAGCCAAUAGAAAAUACAGAACUUGUACAGCUGACGUGGAUUCUGAAAACACGGAAGUAAAGCUUUGGUGGUGUUUCAUUAAAUUGAGAAAGAGAAAAUGCCAGUGGUGGCAACGGAGAGAUAUGGCUCCCUCGAGUCAUGGAAAUAUCAGUUGAAGGAUGGAGUAAUGGAGAGAGAAAGAGAAGGGGGCAACGGUGGGACGACUGGAAAAACCAUCAUUGGCGUGUUCAAAAGUGUCUUCUUGCCUCAGGGGUAUCCAGAGAGUGUCAGUGGUGAUUACCUGCAGUAUCAAUUUUGGGAUACUCUUCAGGCCUUCUCCAGUUCUCUUUCAGGUACUCUUGCCACCCAGGCCUCUUUAAGGGGUGUUGGUGUUGGAAACCAAGAGGCAACAGUUGCUGCUGCAACAAUUACCUGGUUAUUACGAGAUGGCACAGGCAUGCUGGGAAGAAUCCUAUUUGCCUGGCUUAAAGGUCUUUCUCUGUGUUUUAGGAAUAAACUAGACUCUGAGGCCAAAAAAUGGAGGCUUGUUGCUGAUGUUCUCAAUGAUAUCGCCAUGUUCAUGGAAAUACUGGCUCCUAACUUCCCAACAUGCUUCAUUCUAAUUGUGUGCUCUGCUGGAAUAUUCAAGUCCAUUGUCGGGGUUGCAGGUGGGGCCACCAGAGCUGCUUUGACUCUUCACCAAGCUCGCAGAGACAACAUGGCGGACAUCUCUGCCAAAGAUGGCAGCCAGGAGACUUUAGUGAAUCUGGCUGGACUGCUGGUCAGUCUGAUCCUUAUUCCUCUUGUCACUGACAAUCCACUGCUGACAUUCGUCCUCUUCUUCCUUUUCACCAUCCUCCAUCUUUUUGCAAAUUACAAAGCAGUGCGUUCGGUUGUCAUGGAGACACUCAACGAAGCUCGGCUUGCUAUUGUGCUCCACCAAUACCUGAGAGAUGGACGGGUCCUCGGUCCACUAGAGGCCAAUCAUAAAGAGCCUGUAUUCUUGGAGUUUAGGAGGACAGUGCCAAUCAAACUGGGAGUGAGGCUAGGGGAACUUGUUUAUACAUCAGAGGACCUUCAUUUGGCCAUGAAAAACAACCACAAGCCCUUCCUUAUCGGAGUCAAACGUGGCUCGGUGUGUGUUUGUUUGGGAACAGAUGCAUCUGUAUGUGAUGAGAUCAGGGCUGUGUGCCAAGCAGUGUGCCUCUGCACGGUGUUACACCCUGUCUCGCCACUAGAGGGGGCUCUCAAACAACUCUCAAUGUCACACAGCAACAAUCAUUGGGAGCUGGUGCAUGAGAGUCAUAAACUUAUGGACCAAGUUUUUCAGCCAUUCCUCAAAGCUCUGGAGGUAGCUGGAUGGCAGACCAGUCGAACCCUACUGGACUGGAAUGAAUGGAGGGUGGAGUGGAAGAAGAAGAGCAGUUAGACGAGUGGCAGGGUCUCUGGAGAGCAGCAACUGCAAGGCAAUAGGCUGAGCUCUCUGUCAAACAUUCAUUGUGAGAUGCUCAAAGAUUAAUAUACUCAGAUUCAUUUAAAGGUUUUUGUCCUUUUUUGGUACAUUUUACAAACAACUUCAGAAUAAACUUGACCAUAACUUUAA